AUGAAGGUCGCCAUUGUUUCCCUCCUCGCAUUUACUGCUGGCCUCGUAUCCGGGCACGGGUAUGUCAGCCAGGCUACAAUUGACAACGUCGUCUACUCUGGCUACCUCCCGUACAGUGAUCCUUACUAUAGCACCCCUCCCUCAAGAAUCUUCAGAAAAAUCAAUGGGAAUGGACCUGUUGAAGAUGUGACUCUGAUUGAUUUGCAGUGUGGUGGGUAUACUGCUGGUGGGAUUGUGGGUUCUGCACCGGCUGCUUUGACGGCACCGGUUACACCAGGUUCCACUGUUAGUUUGCUGUGGACUCAAUGGCCCGAUUCUCACAAGGGACCGGUCAUAACAUAUAUGGCAAAAUGCCCCUCAAGCUGCACAGACUAUAUGCCGGGCACUGCUGCUGUCUGGUUCAAGGUCGCCGAGACCGGAAAGUCUGGAACCACGUGGGGAUCCACCCCUCUGGAAACAAAUGUUCCAUAUACAUUCAAGAUCCCUAGUACACUAAAGCCUGGGAACUAUAUUGUCCGCCAUGAAAUUAUUGCUCUACACAGUGCCUACUCAUACCCGGGAGCGCAGUUCUAUCCUAGUUGUUUCCAAGUAACCGUCAGUGGAAGCGGAACCGGAUUUCCAACCAGCUUUGUGAGCAUUCCGGGAGUCUAUACCGCCAGCACUCCAGGUGUGGUUUACGACAUCUACACUACUGGGACAGCAUCCUAUCCUAUCCCUGGACCUGCCGUCUGGACUGGUUAA